AUGCGCUGGAACGGGAAGUGUAUUUCCAAUAUGGCGACCAACGCCGUAACUUCUGUGUUGUCAGCUUUAGAAAUGGAUGAAGACGAUGAUAAUUUCAAAGUAGAUGAAUUAGUAGGUGUGGCAAUGGCUGCAUAUUGUGCUUGCUGUGUUGUGAGAGAGCCAAGGUCAAGGAUUUUGAAUUAUGCUGAUACUGUAAUACCAGAGUACAACGAGACAGAGUUUCGACGAAUGUUUCGUUUGUCUCGAGAAACCUUUCAGAAAAUGAGUAGCUAUCUUAAAGAUUGCCCGGAGCUAGUAGUUGGUGGAACUGGUGCACAAGAGCCUAUUGCAGUUGAAAAACAGUUAUAUGUGACAUUGUGGUACCUUGGUGGUUCAGAUAGCAUAAUUAAAAUAGCUGACAGAUUUGGGAUAUCCGAGUCAUCAGUGGUUUUAUGUAGAAGACGGAUUAUUGAUGCAAUAUUGAAAAAUUUAAAACGCAAAUUUAUUUCUUGGCCGAAAAAUCAAUCUAUGCAGGAAACUGUGGACAAAUUUGAACAACGUAAUGGAUUUCCAGGCAUUGAAGGCUCCCUGGAUGGAACUCAUAUUCCAAUACGUGCACCAAAAGAGAAUGCUCAGACAUAUGUCAACAGGAAAAGGUUCCAUUCUCUUCACCUUCAGGCUGAGUGUAAUUCAGAAAUGAUCUUCACAGAUUGUUUUGCAGGAUACCCUGGUAGCUGCCACGAUGCAAGGGUGUUGCGCAAUUCUGACCUGUGGGAGAAUGGUUUAUUAUUGUGUAACGGCAAUCAUAUAAUUGCUGAUGGCGCUUAUCCCCUUCGUAGAUGGCUCUUGACACCAUUUAGAGAUAAUGGACAUCUCGCAUAUCAACAAAAGAAUUUCAAUUACAUGCUGUCUGCAAACAGAGUUGUGAUAGAAAGAGCAUUCGGCUUACUGAAAGGCAGAUUUAGGCGACUAAAUUAUCUGGAUACUCAAAGUAUUAAAACUGCGGUGAAAAUAAUAAUGGUAUCAUGUGUUUUGCAUAACAUUUGUUUAAUCCACAACGAUGAAUAUGAUGAUUACUUGGAAAUAGAUCCAGCACUAGACUGUCCCCAACAACAAGCCAUGCAUAUGCAUGAAAAUGACAAUAAACAGGGUGUCAUCAAACGAGACAUUAUAGCAAGAAGAAUGUCUCAUAUCUGUGGUAACUGGAAGAAGUAA